GACGGGCCCACUCUGCAGACCCCUGUCGGUGCAACCUUCGCCGCCCGCCGAUGGAGGCAAACAUGACAAGAGCAAGACAGAUUCUCUCUUCGGGAGAGAACCAUACUUUUCGUCUCCAUGUUGAAAAUCUGGAGUCAAUUCUUCUUGCUGACGACGUCAUAGAUAAGCCCGUCGUGCCGAUCUCCGUAGCCGGCGCGUUCCGCAAGGGAAAAUCGUUCCUGCUCGACAUGAUGUUUCGCUAUCUAUGCGCGAAGGACAAAACCAACUGGAUGAAUGAGGAGCCCCACGGCGUGGGGUUUCCAUGGCAGGGCGGCUAUAAACGCCACACCACUGGUAUGCUCAUGUCAAGCCCUGUUCCGGUGACUCUGCCAUCGGGAGAGGAGGCUGUCGUCCUGCUCGUGGAUACACAGGGAGCAUUCGACAACAAGUCAACGGUCGCGGAGUCGGCUACGGUGUUUGCACUCAGCACGCUGCUCAGCUCCCUGGUAGUCUUCAACUUGAUGAAUAACGUGCAGAACGAUGAUCUGGAACAUCUGCAGCUGUUCACAGAGUACGGUCGCAUGGCGCUCGAUGAUGAAGGCAGCGGCGCACCCUUCCAGAAGCUACUCUUCCUUAUCCGUGACUGGCAGUUCACUGAGAUUUCGCUGGGAGCAGCCGGAGGCAAGGAAGUUAUUGACGAAUGGCUCAAAGAACCCAGUGGGAAUCAGGAGCAAGAAAAAGUCCGCAAGCAUAUAAGAGAUUGUUUUACUGAGAUCAGCGGAUUUCUACUGCCAUAUCCCGGAAAGAAAGUCGCCUGCGGCGGAAAAUUAAACGUAUGUGCUGGGGACAUGGAGGAGGACUUUGUCCAGUAUCUGAAUGAGUUGAUGCCCAUUCUCCUGGCACCAGGGAACCUGAAGAUCAGAACGGUCGCAGGCAAUCCCAUGAAAGCCCGAGAUCUGGCAAACUACCUGAAAAUGUACCUGGACCUGUUCAAGGGCGACAAGAUCCCCAAGCCACAGAACAUUCUCCAAGUGACGGCCGAGACCAACAACAUGGUAGCACGCCGGGAAGCGAGGUUACAGUACAUCAAAGACAUGGAGAGUGUCCUGGGCGGCGACAGAUCUGCGCUGAGUGAAGGCGACCUGUUCAGGCAUCACAUUGAAUCCACGCACAGGGCUGAAACCACGUUCAAGAACCGCAAGAAGAUGGGAGACUGGAAAGUAUCGGAAUUCAACCACGGCGAACUGCUCAAGGAGAUGGAAGAGUGGUUUAAGCCCGUUGAGAGGCUCAACAAGAUAAAGCUUGAAGAAGAACGGCUGAAGGCGGAAAAGUUUAACGCGAGCCUGAAAGAGUCCUGCAGAGCGACCUAUGCACAAGCAAUGCAGACCGUGACUGGUGAGGAGGUUGGGCAUGUUCCACCCCAAGAGCUAGACAGAGUACACGGUUGCGCGAUGAAAAAGGCCCUCGCGCGGUUUGAUGCCGAGAAGGCUGGUGCUGACAAGACUUCAGAAUGUCGUUCUCGUCUAGCUGAUGCCAUCCAUUUUGAGCACAAACAGAUUAUGCUCCACAACGAAGUAAAAAAGGAGGAAAGAACACGGCAAUGUGCGCAGCAAAACUCCAACGCGGUGAGGAUGUCGAAGGAAUGCUACCAGGCUAUGAUGGACAGCACGACUCAAAACAGCUCUAUCUCGGAUGAAGAACUGAGACAGGGUCAUACAGAAGCACUGAAGGCAGCCGAAGAGUUGUUUGAGGGGCUAAAACAGGGUAGCGAAUCCCUCUGUUCUACGUACCGAGAGAACAUGGUUGUGGACUUGACGUCCAGGUUUGGUGACUACCAGCGCUCAGUUGAAAAUGAGGUGAAGUUGAAGAACAUGGUCAACCAAAUAUCAGACCUUCACCACCAGGUGAAACAGCAAAAGAAAGACCUUGACAGCAGAUGGUGCAGUGUAAUGUGAGCACUGUAACUGGAGGACUUCCUGCUGUGGGGUAUGGGUUUUCAGUGAUGCGAAUUUUGGGGAACAG